AUGAAGGAGCCUAGUCUAUUUGAGGCGGGAUGCCCAAGAAUAGAAGUAGCCAUAUGCCGAAAAUCAUCCUCUGUGAUGUCAGGGAGAAAUCGUCUGCUCACUUGCGACAAGAGGGCAUUCUCUACCAUUGAUUCUAGCACAACCGAUUCGAUGUCAAAGGACAAAGGAAAGGCGACAAAAGCUCUUAUUCCAACAAGCCCAAAAAAGAAAGAGGAGAAAUUGGCUUCAUUCUUACCGAUGAUAUUACCAGUUAUUCCGAGAACAGCUUAUGAUAUCACCCUCGGGUCACUCCCUAAUGACAAGGCUAUGUGGUCUUCUCUUCCCACAACUGAUUCUAUACCAGUCUCCUAUCCAACAGCGCUUACUCUUGAACCGGUUACUUUCGUUGCAGUUAUUGCAUCAAGCACGGGUUACGAAAGCAAGGGCGUUAAGGCUUUUCGAGCCUAA